AUGGGUAGCAUAUUCCUAGACCAAAUCAAGAAGCAGACAACAAAUUUCCUACAAGAAAAGUAUAAAUCUGCUAGAAUCACGUUUACUGAUGUUACUGAAGCUGAAAUGCUGGCUGAGGAAGCAACAAAUAAAGAUGAUUGCAGCCCUGAUGCCAAAACAAUGACUAGAAUUGCAGAGGCAUCCUUUGAUGUAGAAGAAUAUUGGAGGAUUGUUGAUGUUCUUCAUGGAAGAUUGUACAACAUCAAUUGGGAACAAUGGAGGCAAUCUUACAAAGCACUAGUUCUUCUGGAAUUUAUGCUAACCCAUGGUCCUGAAGAGUUUGCCCGAGAAUUUCAGUGUGAUGCUGAAAUUAUUGAAGAACUAGGAAGUUUUACACAUAUUGAUGAAAGAGGGUUUAACUGGGGAUCUAGAAUGCAAAAACUAUCAGAACAAAUACUCAAACUUUUAGAGGGAGGAGAAGCUCUCAGAGAAGCACGUUUGAAGGCUCUCAAAAUAACAAAUGAAAUACAAGGCUUUGGAAGUUCAUUGAACUCUCCAUCAUCUUCAUCAUCACCUUGCUCAUCAUCUUCUGAAGCAUCACAAGGCUCUUCAUCUUUUUCUUCAUUUUCUACAAGAAGUACUCCUGUUUAUUACAUUGACUCCAAUGAUCAGAAGGUAAACCAUGGGGACAAAAACCACAUUUGGGAUGGUCCUGCAGGUGGAGAGAAAGAUGUUUUGAUUGUUUCUGAUGAGGAUGAAGACAUGGAAAAACCAAAAGGGUUUGUAAGUGGAAUCUGCUCCAAGAUUAUUGGUAGUGGCACUAUUGGAGGAAGUCGUGAACAGAUUGAAUUCAGAUGCAUCUCUGAUGUUGGAAGCAAGAGGACUAAAAAGAAGUUUGAUCGCCAACAUUCAUUUUGGUUUUAA